AUGUCCAAUAUGCAUACAUUAAGAAAUAUCGAGAAUAGAGGUCAUCGGCUUGGUAGCAUCCGCGAAUCAGAACUUGAGAAUGCAUUGCAUAGUAGUAUCAAAUCUGCUUCUGAUCCUGCUAAUAAAUAUAAAGACCUGCAAGGUGUAUAUUUAAAGCAAAAAAAGAAUCUUGAGCUAGUUCAAGCUAAUACUAAAAAAAAGAUUAGCCAGCUGAAUGCGUCCAAUACUAGGCUUAGAUCUUCUGAACGGUCAUCCCAUACUGAAAUCCAAUCGCUCAAAUCUGAGAUUAAAACACUAAAGAGAAAAGCGACCCUUGUCCAGAAAGCUUUGUCCCUUGACAAGGAUGAGAUUCUUUGUCUUAAAGGUGAAAUAGAUAAACUGAAAGCCGAAGUAGAAGAAUUGGAAUCGGAAAUAGAAUUAGAACACACAUCUCAUGAUUCAGAUACCACUUCAUUUAUGGAUAAAAUAAGUGAAUUAAAUUCCCUUAAUUGUACAUUGGAGCAGGAAAGGGAUGAUUUAAAUUCAAAGAAACAUGAAUUGGAAGCCGAGGUAGAGUGUAAGGAUUCUGAAAUCACCUCUCUUGGAGCUAAAGUAAAUGAGCUAGAGAAAUUAGAACAACAAAUAUCCCAGUCAUCUCACGAAUCGAACAUAAUUGGUGGAGCUGAAGCAGAUCCAGACUCAGCUAAGAACUCUUUGGAAAAAGAGUCUCUUUCUCAAGAAACCAAUACUCAUUUAGCAGAGCAGAUUUCGAAAGCAUCCAGUAAGUUUAAUAAAGUGAUUGGAGGUGAUAGCGGACCAGAGAAAG